ACUUCAUAUAUAGAAGAAAAAAAACAUAUUUUCUACAUGAUGAAGAUGGCCCAUUUCAAUCUUGGAAAAUUUUCACAAAUCAUGAUCCUCAUUGUCUUAUUUCUUUGCUCAUCAAUAUAUGAGACUUGCCAUGCAAGAGAAAGCAAACAAUGGAAUCAAAGAAAAAAUGUGUAUAUGAUCAAAGAAAAAGAUUAUUACGAUGGUGUUAACCGCCAUCCCCGCCACCAUCACGGGCGGAGCUUGUCAAAUUUCAAGGGCUCUGAUUACAUUUGGUCCGAUGAAAAGGGGCAGAAUGUACAGAACGUUGCCACCUUUAAUGUACUUGACUAUGGUGCUAAAGGUGAUGGUCAUACAGAUGAUACCCAGGCAUUUGAAGCAGUAUGGGAAGCAGCUUGUAAGGUAGAGGCGUCAACAAUAAUAGUUCCAUCUCCCUCUAUUUUUCUUCUUCAUCCAAUCUCUUUUUCAGGUCCUAAUUGUGCAGAUAACAUUGUAUUUCAGUUGGAUGGGAAGAUCAUAGCUCCUACAAGUGCUACGCCAUGGGGUUCAGGGCUUUUACAAUGGAUCGACUUCACAAAACUAAAAGGUAUUACCGUCCAAGGAAAAGGAGUCAUCGACGGCCAAGGUUCCGUUUGGUGGAAUGAUCUAUCGUCGUAUAGUCCAUACUCGGAGAUAACUGGUGAGCUCAGAACUAAAAUGCCCGGGACUAAGCCAACAGCACUAAGAUUUUAUGGAAGUAGUGGCGUAACAGUAACAGGAAUAACAAUUCAGAACAGCCCUCAAACCCACCUCAAAUUUGAUGAUUGCACAACAGUUCAGGUUUCUGAUUUCACCGCUGCAUCGCCCGAGAACAGCCCGAAUACCGACGGAAUUCACCUGCAGCACUCUAGAGAUGUGCUCAUUUUCAGCACUGAUCUUUCUUGUGGGGAUGAUUGUAUUUCUAUUCAAACCGGAUGCUCAAAUGUCUAUAUACAUAACAUAAACUGUGGACCUGGACACGGUAUAAGCAUUGGAGGAUUAGGAAAGGACAACACACAAGCUUGCGUUUCGAACGUCACUGUCCGCGACAUUCAGAUGCAAAACACGCUGACCGGUGUACGGAUAAAGACAUGGCAGGGUGGCUCGGGCUCUGUACAAGGAGUAACAUUCUCUAACAUUCAAGUUUCGGGAGUUGAAACUCCAAUAAUGAUCGAUCAAUUCUACUGUGACGGAGGCAAUUGCCGAAAUGAAUCUUCAGCCGUUGCUAUAUCAGGCAUAAACUAUGUAAACAUAAAAGGCACUUACACAAGAAAUCCUCUGCACCUAGCAUGCAGUGACAACUUGCCCUGCACUGGUCUCUCUCUGGAUACAAUAGAGCUCGAAUCGGCUGGUGAAGACAGCCAACCAUUCUGUUGGAACACGUACGGAGAUCUGAGAGGCGCAACUGUUCCGCCAGUUAACUGCUUGGGAACUGGCAAAUCGAGGAAGCCUGAUGUAGUUAAUUGCUGAGCUCUAGUAUAAUAAGCAUACAUAUAUAGAAUCAGAAAAUUAUAUAGUUUGUAAAACUACAAAAACUUGCAGUCUUCUGAAGAAUAUUCUAGACGCGCAACAAACAAUCAUAUGAUCUAAGUCCCUAUAUAUACAACAAUAUUUGUAUUUAUUAAGGUUUUGCUGUUUUCUUUAGCUGAUUGUAACUAAGAUGUGGCCUGUCAGUUGCAUUCACCAUAAAUAUAAGGAUUUGUAAUUUAGUGACUUAUAGUUCAAGAGCAAGAAAGUUUAAA